AUGGAGGAAUUGGAGUCUAAAUGGGAUCAUCUCAGCCUCACGGAGGAGGAGAAUUCCAUUAUUGAGCUCGAACCUGCAAGUGUGGAUCUAUCUGAGGAAAGAGGAGCUAGGAGUCUAGUAGGGAGGUUGUGGGCUGAACGUAGGGUGGGGAAGGAGGUUAUCAGAUCCACCAUGGCAAAGAUAUGGAGAGUAGGAAGGGGAUUUGGUUUUCAAGAAAUUGCAACUAACCUGUUUGUUAUAAUGUUCGAGAACCAGGAGGACAAACUUAGAAUCCUGGAAGGUAGACCUUGGCUGUUCGAUAACUGGCUAUUUGUUUUGAAACCAUUUGAUGGCUUUGUUUCUCCUCAGUGGAUGAACUUUGAUAAGGAAGUUUUUUGGGUGAGGUUGAACAAUUUGCCUCUUGCUCUUAUGAACUGA